AUGUCAGUACUUGCUGGACCUACCGAGGAUUCCGCUAAACAUAUCUUGCCAGAACAAGAAUAUGUUACUGAUAUGGAAACUUGUGAAUUUACAUACAAAUGGACAAUUAAAAAAUUCAAUUAUGAUUAUGAUCAUUUUCCACGAGAAAAUGAAUGGAUGAGUUAUAUUGCAAGAACAACUUUGUUACAAUCAUCCGAUAAAUAUUUACAAAAUGAUGAGCUUAAAGUUUCUUGUACUAUGACUAUCUCUAAAGAACAAAAAAAGAAUCCUGGUGUAAUCUCAAUAUUUAAUUUAACGCCACAAUUGAGUGAAGACUUGAAAAAACUUUUGUCGAAUGAACAAUCAGCUGAUGUCACCAUUAAAGUAGGUGAAAAAUCAUUUCGUGUUAUCAAAGGAAUUCUUGCAGCACGUAGUCCUGUUUUUGCUGCCAUGUUUGAUCAUGAACAAUAUAAAGAAAAUAAAAAUAGUGAAGUCGUCAUUGAAGAUAUUGAAGAAGAUGUUUUUACUGAAUUUUUGCAUUAUAUUUAUACUGAUGAUACAAAAAAUGUUAACAAAAUGCCAAUGGAAUUACUUGAAGUAGCUGAAAAGUAUCAAGUUGAUCGACUUAAAAAUAUUUGUGAAAGAAUAAUAUGUGGAACAAUAAACGCUGAUAACGUUACAAGUGUACUUAUUUUUUCUGACAAAUUCAAUGUUGGACAAUUGAAUAAAAAAUGUUUGGAAUUUAUAAAAACGAAUUUACGAGCUGUUUUGUCAAAGGACUCAUUUCAAGCUUACAAAAAAACACAUCCUGAAGUUUUUAUAAAUGUUCUUGCUUCAGUUGCUGGUAUUAACUGA